UUAGUGUUAGUCAGAAAUGUAUAUUAUGCCUAAUAAUUAAUUGUAUUUAAAGAAGAAAGCGACUUUCUUUUGAAAACUUAAUUUCCCAGCCACACUUUCACGGUAACCAUAGCGACGAGGGUGUUUGCAAAUGGCCUCCUGUUAGAAGAACAUUAAGUUUUUGUUGAGUUCGUUUAAACAUGUCUGAGCAACAAGAGCCCAGCAGUUCAUCAUCAAGAAAAGAAGAAAGACCUUCAACACCCGAGAUUUUGACUUGUGAGAGUGAUGAACGGUUCUUCCAGUCUCUGUAUGAGUUUAUUGAACAUGAGAAACAGUACCUGCAGUGUCCAGAAGAGGGCCCGGACGAACUCCGGUACAUUAUCUACCGCUCAGUGUUUAAUAAGGUGAUCGCACGAGCCACAGCCUAUAAGAGACUUCUGCUGACCAUAAAGGCGGAGUAUGAUGAUGUCAUCAGGGCGCUUCAGAAGAGGGGGGAUGAUGUCAGGAUGGCUCAGCAAACUCUGGCGGCCUCGACGUCACACCCAAAAUCACUGACAACCUGCCAGAGACGAGCCGGCGAGCUGAGGGAGAGAAUCUCAGUAAUUCAGAGGGAAACAGUAGAACUUCAAGAGGAGAUCAAGAGACAGAAAUCAUCUAGAGAGCAGAGCACAUGGAUACCUGGUUUGACGGUGGCUGAGUCAGAGGAUCCUGAGGCUCUGGACAAACAUCUGAAGCAUCUUGAAGCCCAGAGAGCGGCUUUACUUGACAGGAAGAGUCACUGCGUCUCUCUGGAGGUCAAAGCUGAGCUGGACACCAAGCUGCAGGCCGCCGAGCGCCACAGAGACCAGCUGAGCAUCGAAAACAACCGACGGAAAGUCCUAUACGAGCGUCUGAGGUUUGUGUCUGACCGUCUGUCCAGCUGGGAGGAGGAGAAGCAGCAGGUUCCUCUGGAGGAACUCCUGGGUUCCAUGCUGGAGAACAUCAGACAGGCCAACGAACCUUCGCUUUGUCCUGCAGUGAGGGACGAUGACGUUCGCAGCAUUGAAGCUGAGCUGUUUGAGGACGACGAGCCGACUGGGGUCAAUGAGUCCAAACUCCUGACAGAUCACCUGGACAGGUUUAUUGAGCUCUUUGACUCGGCUCAGUAUGAAGAAGCUGCUCUCCUCGCUGCCAGAUCUCCCCGAGGAGUCCUGAGGAACCUUGACACCAUGGAGAUGUUUAAAGGUGUGAAGGGCCCCCCGGGGUCUGUCCCCCCUCUCCUGCUCUUCUUCCAGGCCCAGCUGAUGACCGCCCUGGCCGGCGAAGGGCUGUCAGCUGAUCUCUCCCUGCAGCUUGUCCUCUGCGUCCUGCAGCACGGCGACACACAGCUCGUCACCCACGCUGUCACCAACAACAAGCUGACCUUCUCUGAGGAGCUGGCCGACAUCCUGUCUGAGCACGCUCAGAAGAACCCAGCUGUGGCGAACAUGUGUCUGACGUUGGCCACCAUCAUUUAUGAGGCCUGCGGGCUGGACAGGAAGACCGCACUGAGCAUGUGCAGGAGAGGCCUGGUCCACAGCGCCAGCGAGUUCAUGAACCGCUGCAAGGACCUCACAUUUGAGGACUGUAUGUGGAUUCUGUGUCACUCGCCCAGCCUCUCCCUCCUCCAGCUGUUGACGGAGCCUCAGCGGGGCCAGGUAGCCAUCUUGUCAGUGGGCGGGGCCUGUUCCACUCUGCUGGCAGACCCUCAGCAGCAGAAGCUAGCUCUGCAGCUCCUGGAUAGCUUUGUCAGCAGAGGACGAGGGCUUUUGGAGGAGAUGAUCCUGGAGGACAACCGCUCUACCGUGGAUGUCUGGGCUAACGUGGCGUCCCGGUGCUCUGAGCUGAACCGGGCUGACCUGAGCCUGGCUGUACUUACUGUCCUGCUCAACCAGAGCGGGACCAGAGUCUUGUCCCCGGACCUGGAGGGAGCUCGGCUCAUGGAACACGUCUUCCUGUGAAAAUUGAACCUGAAAGUCGUCCCACAGGUAGAGGGAUCACAGCAGAAUGACUCCAAACUCUGCAAUCAGCAGCACCUGUUAAUAACCUGCCUCUCAUUAGCCCGGCUUCACCAGACUCAUUAGCAAAUGCCAGAGCACAUAAAACAUAAUGAACUCGUCUGAUUCCUCUGGUUCCCACGUUGUCCUCUAAACACUGAGUAACACCGGUUCUGGUAGUUGUUUCCUAGGUUUCUGUGUUUAAGACCUUCAUGUGUUUUCUCUUCUUUAAUGUCGGGCUCUCUUACACUCAAACAUCAGAUCCAAGGACCUUUCAAUGACUGUUUUAGGAAAAUUUUAAGAUUUAGAAUUGUCGGUCAGUUGAGCCACUCAGUGAAAAAACACUUCUGUUCCUCUGCAAAGACUAAUUAAAUGUUUGACGUUUUUUAGGUGUCACAGACGUACCGAUAGAAAUACUCUGUAACAACAGUUACACCUGCUGCCCCCAGCGUGGUGUAAAUCAGUCACAGUCUGUCACAGAACUAUACUCACUAUUGAUGAAACAGAACAUUUUCUGCCACACAGCAUCAUCUUUUCAUUAAUUUCAGCCAUUUUGUAGCACAGUAUUCCUGUACAGACCUAAUAUUGAUAUGAUAUUUUAAUAGUGGUCUAGUUUACUACGAUGUGCUUUGAUACCAGAGUGGCUCAUGGCAGCCAGAAAGCAGGACUUAGUAUUAGCAUCGAAAUGUACCUAAAGUAGUCAUAAUGGUAAUGGUCCAUUACAGUAUAAUGUAUGUUUGAGGACGAGCUGAUUUCAACUCAGGGGUCAGGGGUCAUCUGGGGUUUACUCAGUGGUAGAAAGGGGAGCGGCUUUUUUUGCCCUCCCCUCUCCUCUUGUUUUUUCCUGUUUCUUGUACCCACCUUUCAAGUAAUUUCCCCACGGGGAUUAUUAAAGUAUU